AUGGCCACCUCUCGCCAAAGCGCCCACCUUCUCCGCACAGCUCUCGUCCGUUCGGCGCGGCCAUGCGUCGCCACCACGGCAUCACACGCCAAUUGCUUGCGCAGCACCGCGACGACAUCCGCCUUCCAGACUCGUCUCGCCGUCCGCCCGGCGACGCAUCCCCGGUUCAGGCUGUACUCCAGCUCGUCAUCGACGGCGUCUGACGAGGAAUACCACGAGACGUCGGCCCGCGGUACCAAGCUCUGGACCUUUGACCAGCUGGAACGCGCCGUCGACAGCAACAAGUCUGGCAUCAUCAUCGUCGACACGCGCGAGCCCGGCGAGGUCCGUCAGACGGGCCACAUCCCCGGCGCGAUCAACAUUCCCAUCACGACACACCCCGAGAGCUUCCACGUGACGGCCGAGGAGUUUGAGGACCGCUUCGGCUUCGAGAGGCCGGCCAAGAACAGCGAGCUCGUCUUCUACUGCAAGGCCGGCGUGCGCAGCCGUGCGGCGGCGGCGCUGGCCACGGAGGCUGGCUGGACCGGCGUCGGGGAGUACCCCGGCAGCUGGCUCGACUGGGAGAAGAACGGCGGCCGGGCGCAGAAGCCGCAGGACCCGUGA